CUCUCAUUCUCCUGGAAGUUGUGCUGACACAGUCUCGCUGCCACAAGAAGUUUGUCAACAUCAAACUUCUCCAGCGCGCGCGGCCAAAGGACGAACUGUGGAGUGGCUGUGGAUGGAGUGUCCUUGUGAAUGCUUUGCCAUUAGAGUAUGGAAGAAGAGUGGAAUUAAGAUUCACAUUUCAUCCUCCCUUUUUUCUUUUAAAGAUGUCGCAUGACUUGGAUGGUGAGGAGGACUUUUUGGAAGAGAAUAAAUUCAAGGAGUAUUGUGCAGAGUUUAUCAAAUAUUCGCAACAAAUAGGAGACAGUUGGGAGUGGAAAAAUGUAAAGGGUUCUACUGAUGGCUAUAUGAGUAAAACGCACUUCCAAGUAAAAGGCAGAGGCAUCUCACCAGACGCAGAGGAGAUAAUGAACGACAGAGAUGAAAUAACAUCUACAUAUGCUGAGGAAGGUCUGGAUGACUCACAAGUUGCUGGAAUCUGUGCGAAAUCAGAAGCAAUUCGGUAUGAGUAUCAUAUUCUGUAUUCCUGCAGCUACCAAGCUCCUGUGCUGUAUUUUCGAGCAUGUUUUUUAGAUGGAAGGCCUUUAACUCUGGAUGAAAUAUGGAAUGGUGUCCAUGAAUGCUACAAGGAGCGUCUCUGGCAGGGUCCAUGGGAAACCAUUACACAACAGGAACAUCCAUUACUUGGACAGCCAUUCUUUGUACUUCAUCCCUGUCGAACAAAUGAAUUUAUGGCUUCAAUGUUAUCCACUUCACAUAAAGCAAACAGGAGUACAAAUUACAUCAUCUCAUGGCUGAGUAUUGUAGGUCCAGUGGUGGGUCUCCAUCUACCUUUGAUUUAUGCAAAAGUAAAUUCUGAGCAGACCACAAGUGCUGAUUAAAGAGGUUCCAAAGAAUGAAGAAUGGUGAAUGGUAACACAGAGGUUUGCAGAGGUAGCAACAACUUCACGGUGAACAAGAUACCUUACAAGAUAUCUUACAAGAUACCUCAGCACAUUGGAUUGGAUUGACACAAUUGUUUCUAUGACAACAAAUAAUUGGUUUUCAAUAUGAGGGAAGUCCCAUCAGAAAGCAAAUGAACAUUCAUGUGGUGGUUCUGUGGGCUAAUGAUCUGUAGGAAAAGGAUCUGAAGUGAUGGAAUCACCAAUUCCUUCUUUUCCCAUUAUAGUUUACACAGUUGGCUGAAAGGGAAUAACUAUAUGCAGAAUUUUCGCCUUCCUACUAUUUUAGUUUUUCAGAUUUAUUCACACAGUAGUAAGUACUUCACACAUUUCAUAAGACAUUUUUGUGGAGCAAACAACAUGAAAUCCCUAUGUUGGACGAAAUCUGUUGGAAGGUGCUGGAGGUGACUUCUGUGACUGUUAUUGCCUAUAUUCUGUCCCACCUGGAGGCAGGUGGAGCUAUUUUAAAGCCCAUAUACAGGUAACAUGGCAUCUUUUUUUUGGCAGAUAAAGUGCAACUUCAGAGAGAAGAUUUGAAUUAUAGGAGAGGGUUACAUAGCUUUUCUCCCAGUGGCCCUUCGCCAAUUGUUUGAUUAUUCUGGCAUUGUAGUCUUCAGAUGCAAACUGAAAUUCCAAAGAGCUCAGUAACUUUUAUUAAGCUCAAUAGAUAGAAGGCAGCCUUUUCAUAAUUUCAGAAAACAUCUUUAUUUUCUUUUGAACUAAUUAUUGUUGGAUUAAAUCAACAUUUGGGUGUACCAUGCUUGAUAUCAUAUCUUUACCAAGGCAAAUCCUCACUGAGCAAAUUUCAUCCAGCUAAUGAUGAGAGUAACCACAAUGUGUGUCACAGUAAUACUAAAGCAUGAUGUUCAAGUCAACCAGUUUCAAUUCGACUUCUCCUCACCAAACUUUUGUUAUUUAAUUUGCUUAGCAGAUGGAAUCAAAUUAUAUCUAAAGUCAUAUUAAACUGUAUAUUUAAAUGAUAAA